AGAACGAAACACCCACGUGUCUUUUUACUCACAGAGUGGCUCUGUAUCUGUCUCUCUGUCAUCAUUUUCUUCUUCUCCUUCUCCUUCUUAAGUAACAACCUUCUCUCUUCCUUCUUUGUCUCUCUCUGCCUCCGAUCCCUUUCUAGUAACGCCGUUCUCGAUCUUCUUCUUCGUCUUCUUCUUCCGCAUCAUAAGAGGGAGUGUGUUGAUUCAAAACAUGGAUGAGACUUCAGCUCUCAUCGAAGCCAUUCUCAGGGAACAAGAGGAGGAAGAAGAAGCUUACAGAAGAAGGAACCACACAGCGCAAAACACCACCGCCAAAGACAACGAAUGGCAGACGGUGUCGUAUCAGAAGCGUAAACGCAACAAGUCCUCGUCUAAGAAGCCCCUCGCCGAUGACAAUUCCGCCGGCGAUCCAUCCUCCGACGUGUUCCGCUCUGUCCAGCAGCAUUCCGAAGAGCGCCGCCUCCGACUCUUGGAGUCUCAGAUCGCCGCCGCCACAUCAGUGGACGCCGCUCCGAGCAGAUCGAAGCGGCAUUCCGACGACGAAGACGACAUCGAUGCGCAACCGGAAGCCGGAGCCAUUCAGAACGGUUCUUCAGAGGUGAAGAAGGUGAAACAGAAGAAGCCGAAAAAGCCGAAGGUGACGGUUGCAGAGGCUGCUUCCAGAAUCAAUGCCGAUGAUCUCACCGCGUUUCUAGCCGAAAUAACCGCUUCUUAUGAUUCGCAACAAGAUAUUCAGCUGAUGCGAUUUGCCGAUUACUUUGGUCGUGUGUUCUCGUCAGUGAGUGGAGCUCAAUUCCCGUGGUUGAAGACGUUCAAAGAGUCCACCGUUGCAAGGAUUGUUGAUAUCCCUCUUUCUCAUAUUUCUGAGGAUAUUUACAAAAUAUCUACUGAUUGGAUUGCUCACCUGUCAUCUGAAGCACUUGGUUCCUUUGUGCUAUGGUCAUUGGACAGCAUUCUUGAAGACUUUAGCAGUCAUCAGGGUGUUGUUAAGGGAUUUAAGAAGUCGGUCCAACAAUCAUCAUCGAAAUCUCAGGUUGCCAUAUUUGUGGUUUUAGCAAUGGUGCUUCGACGAAAACCUGAUGUCAUGAUUAGCUUAGUGCCAAUAAUGAAGGAGAGUCAAAAAUAUCAAGCACAAGAUAAACUCCCUGUCACUAUAUGGGUGGUUGCUCAGGCUUCUCAAGGAGAUCUAGUGAUGGGGUUGUACUUGUGGGUGUCUCUUCUCUUGCCCAUACUGAGUGGGAAGUUUGGUUGUAAUCCACAGUCAAGAGACAUGAUAUUACAAUUGGUUGAGAGAAUUAUCACAUUUCCUAAAGCUCGUCCUAUCUUGCUUAAUGGGGCUGUCAGAAAAGGGGAGCGUGUUGUGCCCCCAUGGGCUCUUGACUCUCUAUUGAGAGUUACUUUCCCUGUUCCUUCAGCCCGGGUCAAGGCCACUGAAAGGUUUGAAGCUGUAUAUCCAACAUUAAAAGAGGUAGCCCUCGUGGGAACCCCUGGAAGUAAAGCUAUAAAGCUUCUUGCACAACAGAUAUUAAGCUAUGUAAUCAAAGCUGCAGGAGAAGCCAAUCCUGACCUAUCAAAAGAAGCCAGUGACAUCUUUAUUUGGUGUUUGACUCAGAACCCUGAAUGUUACAAGCAUUGGGAUUUACUUUAUAUGGAUAACCUUAAGGCAAGUAUUGCUGUAUUGAAAAAGCUUUCUGAUGAUUGGAAGGAACACUGUGUCAAACAUCCUACUCUAGAUCCUUUGAGGGAAACUCUUAAGAGAUUUAUUCAAAAGAAUGAAAAGGCAUUGGCCAAGGUGGAUGAUGGUGCUCGCCAUACAUUAUUGAAGGAUGCAGACAAGUACUGCAAAGUCAUUUUGGGGCGAUUAUCACGAGGCCAUGGAUGCAUGAAGAGCAUGGCAAUUAUCUCCGUUGUACUUGCUGUUGGUGCCGUUUUCAUGUCGCAGAACAUGCAUUUAUGGGAUUAUAAUAAACUGACAGAAAUGUUGAACCUCUUCUAGGUUGACAGAGUUAUCCCGUGGCUUACUCUGUUAUCGUGAAUCACUUCAGCCAAUAGUGAGGUGUGAGGUGUGAUGAGGAAUAUUUUAUUUAUUGUCUUCAACAUAGUGAAAUUUGAAAACAACAAAAAAAAGUAGGGACAAAGCCAUGGAAGCUUCUGCUGGCCAUUUUUACAUAGGUGUUGGUGUGUGUUCUCACAAGUUUUAGGUCAAUUUGCGAUUUUUCUUUCUUAAAAAAUUUACAAUUUCUUGUUAUAUAUUGAUUUUCAGAUAAAUGCCAAAUGGCUAUAGAGAAAUUCAAAUCAAGGGGAAAUCAAAUUGUGCUUGAAAGAAAAUUGACUUAUUUG